AUGCCCGAUCUGGUAGGUAGUUGUGAUUUGGAAGUCGACCAUGUUUUAUCGUCCCGUUGCCGAUCGAUUGUGCGCGUUCACAAUCCAAACGACAGAUACUGCCUUGCUCGUGCAGUAGUUAUCGGUCUGGCAAGAAUUAGGAUGGUGGAUCAAGGCGUUGCCAACGGAGCCGCUAGAUUCAAAGAAUUUUGUCAACAACAGCAACAACAUUUAUUCCCAGCAGAAAAUUUAAUGAGAAAUGCAGGACUUGAUUUUGGACUUAUGGUAUAUUUUAUUGUUUAA